GGGCUGGGCUGGGCUGGGCAAGUGUGUGUCCGCCGCCGCAUCUGGAAGUCAGAGGGAACACUAAUGCAACAGAACCAGCAGAGCACAGCGAGCUCUCUGCAUCCCAGAGAGACCAGCCCACGAGACUAGCCAGGGCAGGGAGAGAGAGCAGCACCCUGCUGCAAACACACACACACAUAGAGGAAAUGGCUGCUAGAAGAAUACUGCCCGUCCUAUGCCUCCUCUCCAUCCUCUCAGGAAGUGUCCGAUGUGUUUUCUGGGAGGAACGGAACACAGUGCUCAAAGUAUGCUCCAGGGGAAACUUCCUAAGCGAGCGAGGGGACUGUUUGCCAUGCAACUGCAGAGGCCAUGCGGACAGCUGUGAAGAUAUCACUGGAACCUGCAUUUCCUGUAAAGACCACUCCACUGGCGAGUUCUGCGAAAGCUGUGAGGAUGGAUUCACGCCAGAGAUCACGCGCAAUGGUCGUCACUUGUGCACCGCCUGUGCCUGCCCUCUCCCAAUGCCCUCCAACAACUUCGCAGAGUACUGUGACCGGAGGGGGAGUUUUCUGCGCUGCGUGUGCCAACCAGGCUAUGCUGGACACAGUUGUGAGAGAUGUGCGCCAGGUUACUAUGGGAACCCUAUGAAGCUAGGAGACUCUUGCAAGAAGUGCGACUGCAAUGGAAACUCUGAUCCCAACCUGAUCUUCAACGAAUGCAGCAACGUCACGGGCCAGUGUCUCAACUGCUGGGGAAACACUGCAGGUGCCAACUGUGAGAGGUGUGCGCCUGGCUUCUACGGGGACGCCGUCAACGCCAAGGACUGCAGGGAGUGUCAGUGUAACAAGUGUGGCACGGCCUCAUGUGAUGACCGCACUGGUGUGUGCCACUGCAGGCCUGGGGUCAUCGGCAGGUUGUGUGACCAGUGUGAGGAGGGUCACUCAGGCUUCUCCAGCUGUCAGGGCUGCCGGCGGUGUGAGUGUGCUCUUGCUGCCCACAAGCCCACGUGCCACCCUCUCACCCACAGCUGCAAGUGCCGUCCUGGAGCCGGAGGCCGAUACUGUGAGCGCUGCCUGCCAGGCCACUGGGAUUACAGCUCCUCAGGCUGCAAGAAGUGUGACUGCACCAGUGGCCAUUGUGACAUGGACACAGGAGAGUGUCUGCCCGAAGCCUCUCAGGUCAGCGAGUGCAACAUCGACUGCGAUGAGUGUAUCUGGCACCUGAUUGGAGACAUCCGGCAGUCCAACAAGACCCUGGACCAGCUGAAGGUCAGCGUGCUGAACAUCUCCACUGGGGCUGCGGCAAACGACCGCCUCAAGUAUUACAACUACACAGCCCAUCGUCUGCAGAUGCAGUUUGUUGGCUGGAGAAAUAAGUCAGCUCUGAUGAGAUCACAGACUGAUGAGCUUGAGGAGGCCACAACUGACCUGGUCGAAAAUGCACUACCUUUUUCAGACCAAGAGAGCUCUGUCCAGGCCCUGGGAGAGAGUGUGGAGGAGGACACCCAGCGCAGCCUCAGCCUGGCAGACGAGCUCACCACUAAUCUCACCGCACUCAACGCGCUGAUAGAAGAGAUGAUCAGUGACUGGGAGCAGUACAGUGAGCAGCAGGAGGUGGACCCUGAGACAGCCAGGCGCAACACCAUUCAGGCUGAGCGUAUGGUCAGCCAGAUGAGGGAGAUUGACCUGUCCCCGAAGGAGCCCAUAGCAACAGAUGAAGCAACUGAAGCCCAUGACUUGCUCCGGCAUGUCAAGCAGCUGGAGAAGCGUCUGAUGUCCACCGAGGGCCGCGUCUCCCCCGUGAGGGAGGCCGUCUCGCGCUUUAGCUCCAGACUUUCCCAGGCCGAGGAGCUGCUGGCACAAGCUCAGACCACGAACACACAGACCAGGCAGAGGCACCAGGCCAACGUCCUGAAGCUCCAGAGGAACAAGGCGCAGCAGCAGAGGCUGGGGGAGAACUAUGAGGCUGUGAAUGAGACCCUCAGCGUGGCAGCGGACAUCAUUAGUGACGCAGAGAUUGGUGUGGACGAGCUGGGCAUCAUGGUGAAGAACGUUAGCCAGUACCAUGCUUCCAUUGAUGGGGCCAGCACACGGCUGAUGGACAAAACAGAGAGCCUGUCUCUAGCUGACAGGGACCUGGUGCAGAGAGCCACAGAGCACGCUGAAGAUCUCGAGAGACAAGCUGAGCAACUGGAGCGUAAUCUCAAAGAGAGUGAUGCAAAUGGGUUUGUCCAGAAAGCUAUAGAUGCGGCCAAUGUAUAUGACAAUAUUAUCAAAUACAUUGACGAUGCAAAUAUAACAGGACUGACCACCCUGGACUUGGCUACACGCGCUGAAGAUGCAAUCAAUGGUGUUGGUACACAGCUUGACUUUCUGAAGACACAGAGUGAUCUCUACUUUAAGGAGUCUGUCUCCCUGCGCUCUGAGGAAUACGAGGUGAAAAAGUUGGUCCACGACACACUGACUUACAUUGAGGAGACAAAUGAGACACUGACUAACUCAAACAGGAAGCUUGAUGCUAUACUGGAUGACCUCAAUGCAUUGCAAAAAGACCGCACAAGCACCCGGCUGGAGUUCUCCCAAGAGGUGGCUAAGAACACCCUGAACCGCUCAGCAGAGGUCCUUGAGACCAUCACCCCCAUCAGCCAACAGGUGCAGGAGUGGUCCAACAACCUGCACAACAAUGAAUACUCAGCAGAAGCCUUCGACCGCGCAGUAGUCCAGGCUGGAGAAGCGGUGGAGAACCUGUCGGAGAUUGUUCCGGAGCUUCUGGAUAAACUUCGUGUGGUGGAGGAGAAGAAACCUGUCAACAAUGUCUCAACCAACAUCAUGAAGAUCAGAGAGCUUAUCGCCCAGGCCAGGAGUGUGGCCAAGAAGGUCCAAAUCUCCAUGAAGUUCAAUGGCCAGUCCUCUGUGGAGGUGCAGCCUCAUCCAAAUGUGGAGGAGCUGAAGGCCGUCACCACCAUCAGCCUGUUCAUGCGGGUGGACCCCGACAAGGACCCCAUCGAGGACCGUUUCAUCCUCUACCUCGGAGACAAAAAUGGGGAGAAGGACUACAUGGGUCUGGCCAUCAAGAAUGACAAUCUUGUGUAUGUGUACAAUCUGGGAAAGGAGGAUGUGGAGAUCCCACUGAGUUCCAAGCCCGUUAGCUCCUGGCCUCCCGUUUUCAACCUCAUCAGACUGGAGAGGCUGGGUCGCCAUGGGAAGAUCUUCUUGACCGUGCCCAGUCAGAGCAGCACAGCUGAGCAGAAGUUCAUCCAGAAGGGUGAGGCUGUUGGGGCGGACUCCCUGUUUGACCUGGACCCCGCAGACACAGUCUUCUUUGUAGGAGGCGUCCCUCCUAGCGUUAAGCUCCCUCCACCCCUAAGCCUUGCACCAUUUGUGGGAUGUCUAGAACUGGCAUCUUUGAACAAUGAUGUCAUAAGCCUUUACAACUUCAAAGAACUCCAUAAAAUGGAUGUGGUGGCUUCACCACCUUGUGCCAGGAACAAACUCGCAUUCUCUCAGAGUCGAGUGUCCAGCUAUCUGUUUGAUGGCACUGGCUAUGCCCUUGUCAGUGAUAUCGAGAGGAGGGGUCGAAUUAGCAUUGUCACCAGGUUUGAUGUUGAAGUCCGAACUGUAGCCAACGACGGCAUCUUGCUUCUGAUGGUCAAUGGGUCAAAUUACUUCUUGCUGGGGCUGAAAGAUGGGUACCUACAUCUCAAAUAUGAUUUCAACUUUGCCGGAGGACCAAUUGUCAUGGACAGCAAGUCACCUAAACUUCAGAUCAAUGAUGCACGGAACCAUGAGGUGUCUGUAAUCUACCACCAUUCGAAAAAGAUCAUUCUGUUGGUGGACAGGAGUCAUGUGAAAUCCAUGGAGAAUGAGAAAAAAGCCUUGCCCUUCUCCGAUAUCUACAUCGGAGGUGCUCCCUCCAGCAUUCUCAACUCCAGGCCAGAGCUCUCCUCUCUGCUAGGCCUGAGAGGCUGUGUCAGAGGCUUUCAGUUCCAGAAGAAGGAUUUCAAUCUUCUUGAGGAACCUGGAACCAUUGGCAUCAGUAGUGGCUGUUCAGAAGAGUCCUUUAUGUCUCGACGAGCAUACUUCACUGGAGAGGGCUACCUGGGAUCCACAGCCAAGAUUACGCCAUUUGAGGCCUUUGAGGGGGGUUUCAACUUCCGAACAGAACAAUCUGCUGGUCUACUGUUUUACCAUAAUGAUGGGACUGAUGAGUUCUCAAUCUCACUGGAGAAUGGAGGAGUUGUGAUGAAUUCUAAAGGGACCAAAGUGAAAUCACAAAAGAAAAACUACAAUGAUGGAAGGCAACAUUUCGUUGUGGCCUCUGUGACCAAUAAAAAGUAUGAACUUGUCAUUGAUGACAGCGACAAACAAGAGAAGAAACAUUCACCAAGCUCAGCUAUAUCCUCGGCUACCACACCAAAGAGCUUCUACCUUGGGGGCUCUCCUACAAGCAAAAUUAUGAACUUCACCGGCUGCAUCAGCUAUGCAUACUUAAGCAGGCAUGACAGAGACAUUGAGGCAGAGGACUUCCAGAAGUACUCUGACAAAGUCCAAGCCUCCCUACAAGACUGCCCCAUGGAGAAAGCCCCUGCUGCUCUGCGCCACAAGCCAAGCAAAAAUUCCUCUAAACCCAAACAGGGAGGUUCCCGCAAGGUUGGCAGAGAUAAGUCCAGCCUCCCUCAGGGUCUCCUGGGUUUGAAGAGUGAACCCUUGGAGGCUCCACAGACAGAGGUUGCACCCUGUACCCUCUCCCAAAGGCCUCGGGCCACACGCCAUGCUCACCAAUAUGGGGGAACAGCAAACAGCCGUCAGGAGUACAACAUCUCGGAGUCCAUCAAUCAGAGGUCUCACUUCUCUCUGUCUCUGAAGACUCAGUCCAAUUUUGGUUUAAUCUUAUAUGUGUCAGAUGAGACAGAAGACAACUUCAUGGCACUUUUCAUGACCCAGGGGAGGCUCAUGUACACCUUCAAUGUGGGCCAGGAGAAAGUCAGGAUCAAAACCCAGGAGAAAUACAAUGACGGAGCUUGGCACAAUGUCAUUUUCACCCGAGAUGGCAACAUGGGCCGACUGAUAGUUGAUGGUCUGACUGUUCUUGAUGACCGAGUCACAGGCAUCAACGCCUCAUGGCAUGUCAGUGGCUCUGUGUAUGUGGGAGGGGUACCUCCAGAAAAAGCCCAGAAGAAUAUACAGAGGAACUCUGCAUACAGUUUCACUGGCUGUGUGAGGAGCCUUCAGCUGAAUGGGCGGAGGUUGUCCUCAGCGUCCCGAAGCUUCGGGGUGGUUCCAUGCUUUGAGGGGCCCUCUGAGCCAGGGGCUUACUUCUCCGAGGAGGGCGGAUAUGUGGUUCUGGAUGAUUCAUUCAGCCUGGGCCUCAAGUUUGAAGUGGUGGUGGAGGUGCGCCCCCGUGUGGCUACCGGUGUGCUACUGCAUGCUUACACAACAGAGAAGGAGUACCUCUCUGUGUAUAUCCAUAACAACCAGGUUGUGGUCUUGGUGAACAAUGGCAUCCGCGAGUUCUCCACUGUUGUAACUCCAAGGUUGGGAAUGUGUGAUGGCAGCUGGCACAGAAUUACAGUGAUUCGGGAUGCCAAUGUUGUCCAGUUGGAUGUAGAUUCAGAGGUUAAUCAUGUGGUUGGACCCCUCAACCCUGGGGCCCAAAUCUCCAGGACUCCUGUGUUUGUGGGAGGAGCUCCAUCAUCAUUGCUCCCACAAAGAGUUGCAACCAGGAGAUCUUACACAGGCUGCAUUAGGAAUCUGAUUGUCAAUGAGACUCUCGUCAGCUUCCGCAAAGCAGCUCUGGUCAGUGGAGGUGUCGGCGUUAACUCUUGUCCUGCAGCCUAACAACAACAACUUCAUCACAACAAAAUCUUCCCAUGCCAUAGCAACAAGAUGCUGAAUGUCAACAACAACAUGCUGAUUAUCAUGUUUGAAAGGUGUUUUGUAUUAAAUGCCAUUAUCAUUCUUGUGUCCUAAUGGGAGUGUCUGUUGUGUUGUCAGUAUGUUGCAUAAAACACUUUUGUCCAAAACCA